AUGUUUCUCGUCGAGAAAACUCAUUUAACUUCCCAUUUUAAAUCAUUCACCAAGAAAUCCUCGACUAACCACAAAAGCUACCAACUAGCUGCUCGAUCCUUCGAUGAAAAGGUAAUUUUCCAUCUGAAAACACUAUCCCCGGCCUCUGAUUCAUCCAUUAUCAGCUUAUCUUGGAUGUCGAAGGCCGUUUCAUUUCUGUCGAUUGUUCAUUUCGAAGCGCAAGAUCAGAUUUCGAAUUUGAGAUCUGAAUCGGAUUAUUAUCAAGCUUUGUAUAUGGAUUACAGUCUAAAGGUACUGGAUCUGUGUAAUUUGAUUUCAUCAGCGAUUCAGCAAUUAACUGAGCGACGACUUCUGAUGAAUCUCGGUCUUAGGAUGAUAAACUCAUCGGGUCAGAUCCCGUCCCCUGAAAAACUGAAAAAGGCGAAGGAUGCUCUGAUCAGAUCCGUUAGCCACACACAAGAAAUUUCAAAGGAGAAAGGCCAACGCGCGAAGACCUUGAUAGAAGAACUGACUUUCGCCAUUAACAGCUUGCCGCUUGGGAAGACAAGUAGCGCAAAAGAUCUGAUCCGGCGAACGUUACACGGACUUGGAGUCUUAACCGUCUUUAUAGCCGGCGUUUUGGUUUCCGUUCUGUACGGAGAGUCCGAUGCGGUUGAAGUCCGAGUUCCGGCAGAGUUCCUAUGGGCGGAAUUGGUCAACGGCGUGCAGACACAAAUCUACGAGCUGAUAAAGCCAAAGCAAGUCUCCGAUGGAGCAGAGAGAAAAGGAUGGUUGUUGGAUCUUGAAGAUACAGCAAAGCAAGUGGUAGCUGUAUGCGAUGUCCUCGACGAAGUCGUCUCCGACGGCGGCGAGAAACACCGUGAUCAAUUGGAGAAUGACGUUAAAGAGAUGGGAAACGCUGCGGCGAAAUUCUCCGACGUUGUAAAUGUGUUGACUAACGGAAUUAACGAUUUGUUUAGCAGUGUGUUGAAAACGCGUAACGGUGUAUUAGACGGCGUGAGGAAGGGUACAUGGUAG